ACACAUUGACAGAAGAACACAUUUCUGUUUAGAUUCUCACAUGUGUAGCAAGCAAGACCGGUGGCUAAAACUAUUUGAUCGCUUUUUCGGUUUACCUCUCAAACAAGAUGGGGAAGAAACGGUCGAGUGAAGAUGUGGAUGAGUCCAAAAAGCAUGCGAAGAAAGGAAAAGUAUCUGAGACAGCGGAGUUCAAUGGAACCGUUUUUAAAGCCAUGUUGAUGGAGCCGACCAAGGCAAUGAAGGGCUUGGAGACAUUCAUCACGACAGCAAGGAAGCUGCCAUGCCCUGACCUGUAUGACGUUGUUGAGGGUUACAUCAAGAUCUCCAUGGAAUGUUCUGAGAUCUUCAAACUGCUGGAGGGAGAUAAGCAGAUGGAGAGUGAAAUGAUGGUGAUCUUCCAGAGUUUGGAGAUGAUUCUGCUCCGUACGGCCAGUGAUCUCUCUCAUUUCAGCAUGGUGGGAUCCACUAUAGUCAAGAAGGUUGUCUCCAGCUAUAUGAAACUCAUACAGACGUCCCUAAACUCAGAAAACCACAGGUUUGUCCGUCAGUGCCUGAGUUUCCUGUCAGCCAUGGUGUCCCAGGGAGCCGACACAGCCAGGGAAGUCUUCAGCCACUUCCACUUCACCAAAGGCCUGUCUGCUUUGGCCAAGAGGAAGGAUAGGAUGGGUAGACCUGAUGUUCGCAUGGCUUACACCCAGUUUGCCCUCUCCUUCCUGGUCUCUGGUGACAACGCUACUAUUGGACAACUACUGGAGAUGAAAGAUUUCCUGCCAGACAUUCUAAGCAGCGGACUGAUGGAGGAUCGUAUCUCCACGGUCAACCUGAUUCUGUCUACUCUGGAGACUAAGGUGGUCCAGCGACAAGCCAUCAGUAAGACCCAGAAGGUGCGUUUCUUCACCCCAUUUCUCCUGGCCCAGAUUGCAUCUCUCUACAGGUGGAAUGGCAUUGUGGAUGCAAGCACAGAYGACAGCAAGAUGGCAGAGAAUGCAGAGGAAGCAGGGAAGAUGGUCGUGAGGAAACUGGUUCACAACUUCCUCCUGAAUCUCUGCUGCUCCCGGAAACAUGGCAUCAGUUUCCAUGACCCCAGCUUUGGAACUGCCGGCAGGGCUGGUAACAUUGUGCUACUACAGUUUGUGGUGGGGCUGAAGCAGGCUACAGAAGAUGACCUGGUCUCUGAUCUGAUGGCCAAUAUACUAAGGGUCAGCCCUGACAUCUUGGGCAGGUUCUUCAAGGAGACGCAGUACUCCUUUACCCCUCGACUCAAAUCUGCCUGGAUGGACAGCGUCACUCUGCUCAAAAAGAUCUACGAGUCUCAGCCAGAGGUGUCCAUGGCAUUCCAGACCAGAGAGGUCGUUCCUCUGCCCCGCCUCCUGUCCAUGGUGCUGGUGACAUCACUUCCUCCCGUCUGUAACAAGGCCUUCUUCACGCAGGGCAUCAACUUUGCCAACGCGGUGGUACAACACACGACCCUGUCCCUGAUGUCGUUCCUUCUGAAGAGAGCUCAGAGGAACAUGGAGUUGUGUCUGGACCGCUCUGUGUGGCUCGCCUCUGAUCUUUACACCCCCGCCACCAUGGAGGACUUCACACAGCAGUACAGGGAGGCACUGGGCAAGGGAGCCCCGUCAGGCCCCGACUCUCCUGAGGUCAUCCUCCUGAAGGCCCUCAUCCUUCAGGUCAUCUGUCUCUACCAGAAAGUGGUGCCUCAUCUGGUUAGCCAGAGCAAGUUUGACUUCAGCAAGCUGCUCAAAGGUAUUGUGUCAGAGAAAGGUAUGAGAGAGGAGGUCCCUCCAGUCCUUCAACACCAGAUACUACAACUGGCCCUGGACCUGCCGGCCAGCAAGUUCUUCCUGGUUCAAAGUUCAGGUGAGAUGGAUCACGUGGAGACGGGCUCUGGGGAGAAGAAUGUGUUCUUCCUGCUCCUCAAGAUGUUUGUGAGCAGCAACAACGGCCACCUGAAGCUCUCCACCAGGAAACUGGUGGUCAAGGUGCUGAAGGACAGUGGAGUGUUUGAGUACACCUGGUCUGAGCUGGAGCUGUGGCUGAAUCACCUGGACGGACUACAACCAGACCAGCAGGACACAGUCAUACACUUCCUGGAGAGGGUNNNNAUGUCUCUGGUGUGUAACCCCUACACCUACACAGACAAGGUGGCCAGUCUUGUCCAGGAGGCAGCCUACCUACAGGCCAAUCUUAGCGGCCAGGACGGAGACACCGCCAGCAUCCCCAUCUCACACAUAGACGACGUGAUGGACAUGGUCGACGUGAUCAUGGAGGGCAGCGAGGGGGAGACUGAGGAGCUGGGCCCGGCACUUAGUGAUGACCUCAUCCUCCAGACCUUCCCUUUCAGUGCCGUGGUACCUGCUGUCCUGGAGGCCAGGAACAAACUACCUGCUACCUACAGAACGGAGAAUGGUAAACUACUGGAGUACUGUCUGAAUUCCUAGUGUGUGCUCCACUGUCAGAGAGACCCUGCCCUCAGCCUGGCUCUUCUACAGUACGAUAAAGAGCUGAACUCCUCUGAAAGACCCUGGCCCCCCAUUCACUCCGUCAUUCACCUGCAUCACUACUACACAACAUGCUGCCCCAACAGGCCCGGAACAUCUGUUCCCAGGCCUUUGUCUAAAACCACAGGGCUGCUGGUGCUCAAUGUCCUGAUGGGAGUUCUCCAGGGGUUGGUGUCGAGGCUUCAGAGCCCACAGGAACCAACUGAGGAAACCGAGGCAGAGCCCAUGGUCGAAGGAGAGACUGAGCCCAUGGUCGAAGGAGAGACUGAGCCCAUGGUCGCUGAUCAGAAGGCAGCGGAGACGGCAGAAACCAUGGCUGUGGAUCCCAAGGUGGCGGCAGAGACGGAGCCUAUAGCUAUGGACCAGGACACAGCCAAGGCAGCAGAACCCAAAGCUGUGGACGUCCUGAAUGGAUCAGAGCUCUUCCUGGAGUUCAACCCGUCUUCUGAAGCAGAGGACGAUGACCACAGCCUGGUGGUGUUGUCAGUGCUGAGUUCCAUCCUGAAGCACCCGUGUAUCGAGCAGUGGUUCCUGUCUCUGGAGUUGUCCUCUGUCCCUCCUACCUCCCUCAACCCYGUCAGGCUGAAGCUGCUGUGUGCUCAAAUGUCUGACUGCAUCCUGGGUCUUUUACAGACCUCUGCCUCCGUCCUUCGACCCCUGGACUCCCUCGAUCUCCUCUCCCCUUACCUCGAGGCUGUWUCAAGGGCUCUGCUCAGAGAGCUGGGGGACACCGGGGAGAGGAGGGAGACCGACAAGGAGUCCCGGCCUGUGARAGCCUUCAUGGCCCUGCAUGUUUACAUGGAACCCUCUCUCCUCCAGGAGCUGGUCUCCUCCCUUCUCCUCCUCCCCAAGGAGACCCUCAUCACCCCGGGGGAGGGUGACGGGGAGGGAGAGRAGAGCUCCAGAGCAGCAGAGCUCAGUGUCUACGGACGCACGGCUCUACAGGUCCUCACUGAGACCUCCUCCACCAACACCUCUUCAUCCGGCUCCCCUGUCCUCCUCCUCUCCCAGGCCUACCUCCAAGGCCUGGCCACCCUGCUCCUCUCCUGCUCCAGCCCGUCUCUGGAGACCUUCCUCCUGCAGGCCCUGAGGACCCAGCCAGGCAACGCUAAACUCCUACACACUGACGUCCUGCUCCACUGUCUCCAGGGUCCUCUUACUGCAGCCACCCAGGCCCUCGGGGUAGCCCUGCUGCAGAACAGCUCUACUCACAGGCUCUGCUUCGAGGUGUGGUGCCUACAGCCGCAGCACCUGGAGAAACUCACAGACCAGACAGAGACAUUCCUACCGCUGGUCAACAGUUACCUGCAGACUGCAGCCAGGGAGGAUCCCGCCAGGCCUAAAGAAGUUCAGACAGCGGUGCUGAAGGCCCUGAARAAGGCCCUGUUCCCCGGGCUGAGCCUCUCUGUGCUGGGGCAGGAGACAGGGGAGGCCCUGGAGGUUGUGGAGGCUCUGUCUAGUCUGAUCAGACUGGCAGCUAAGGUCAAGGACAUCAGAGAGCUCGUCACCUCCUUGCCUGCUGCCCUGCAGAAACUAGACGGCUUUGAGAGAUGGGAGCUGGUGGACCCCAUCAGUGCUGUGCUGUCUGUUUGUCCCGAGGAGCUCGAGGUGUGGAGGAUGUCUGUGCUCUCUGCUGCCCUCCGGUGGCUGAGCUCUUCCUACAGUCACAACAGAGACCAGGACACAGCACCACUCACACAGGAGGACAGCAUACUGAAUAGACUAACAGUACUACUGUGGGGCCCAGCGGCGGUGGAGCACCAUAAGGCCCGGAGAAGCCUGGGCGCUUCCUUGUGGCAGCAACCCAGCUCUGAGGACCUCCUGGCUCUGCUCAGCCCUGACACCAUGAUCAACACCAUUACUCACUUCCCCCUGCAACGCAGGAUCAUCCUACAGGAGGGUAAAGAGCUGAUUUUCAAAGAUGAGGAAGUGAAGGAUCUUGGGAGUGUGUACGACCCAUGUUUCCUCCUGCCUCUGUUCAGCGCCAUGCUUCAGCCAGAGUCUGUGAUAGACUGUCUGAAGUUUGUGUCGAGCCACGGCCUUGGUGUGACGAUGGUGUCCCUGAGUAGUUAUGACCCCAAGCUGAGGGCAGCGGCCUACCAGGUCCUGGCUUCGUACCUCCACCAUCUGGAGGCUGCUCGCUUCAGAGAGAAGAGACAGCUGUUGUACCUGCUGAACAUGGUAAAGAAUGGCAUCAGACAGCAGAACCUCAGGAUGCCCUUCUUACUGACCACGUACAUCACGAAGGUGGCCCAGCAGAUGCUGAAACCAGAGGACCACAUGUACGUGGUGGUGAACCGCUUCCUGCUCUCCCAUCAGUGUCUGGACUUCAGAAGGGUUCCGGAGUUCUUCAAACUGUUCUACAGCUGUGACAUGGAGCACAAGGUGGAGAGGGAGUGGAUUCUGUCUGUCCUAGAGGAGGGCCUGACAGACAGACAUUGUUAUGAGCUUGACCAACAGGGAAUCUUCCAGACACUGCUAGGAUUCUGCUGGCAGCACUCUACUCUGAUAGUGAGAGUCCUGCACCAGGCUGGCCGUGUGACCAAAGCAGCCUACAACCUGACCAAGGACCACGGGCUCCUCACCUGGGUUCUACAGCUGCUGGAGAGGAGACAUGUCGACCAGGGUCUGCUGGGUGCUGUGGUAGAGCUGCUCCAUGUUCUGUGGUUCACCAACCUGGGCCAGAAGGAGAGCCAUGGUGAGGGAGCCUCCUCUUCCUCUUCCUCAUCCUCCACGGCCAAGGAGGACAAACCGCAGGGACACAGCACUCCAAAGGUUCUCCCUCUACCCUUCAUCAACCAGUUCCUGUGUGUGGCCAUCACCAUCAUCAGACAUCUGAGACUGGUGAAGGCAGGUCAGCUGAGCCUGUAUCUCCAGACUCUGAGCUCCAUCCUGCAACAUUGUGGAACAGCGCUGGGGGUCCACCGGGAGGCUGGCUGGCUGACCUUACGACCCCAGGCUCUUUCCUCCCAAGACGCCCUCGCCCUCCUCCACCGCUGGAGCACGCUGACCCACAAUGCACCUCUCCUCAGCCAGCUGCAGACUGUGGCGGAGAAACACAAAGUCAAGGAGCUGCUGGGGCCGGGCAGGGAGAAAGGCCGAGGGAGAAGCUUCUCUGUCCAGGCCCGUUUUAACUCCCGACCAAAGGAUCAGGGGGAGGAAGGAGAGGUAGAGAGACGAGAGGAGGAGAAGACUCUGCUGGAGAAGUGUAUUCCUCACCUCAGGAAUAUCUUUACCCACUGGGAGCCUGCCUCCCUUGCCUGUCCCCCCUCUUCCCCCGCCAGCCCACCUCCCUCCCCUGACCUCCAUACUCCCCUCUCCACCCCCCUGGCCAACACCACAGCCCAUCUUCUCACCAGGUGGUUCCUGAACUCCUUGGUAGAGGAAGCCUCCACCUACGAGGACAAAAGGACAGUCCACUUCCUUCGCUGGUUCCAGAAGACUGUCCUGUCUCACAGAUUCAUAGUGGACCUGGUGCUGGCUGACCCUGCUGUGAGACUGGACCUGCUCCGUCUCUAUCACCAGGCCUGUGAGCCYCAGGCCCAGCCCCAGGCCCAGCCCCAGGCCCAGGCCCAGAUCUCUUCCAGGGUAGAGCACGUCCAGCUGUUCACCAACAUUAUGAUCCAGCUCCUGGAAACCAGAGGCUGCACUGAGAGUGACCUGCACAGGGCCGUGCUCACAGCAUGCUCCCUAGGAACAACAUGUGAUGACCAGACCACGAAGGAAGGUCUGAUGUUACUGUCUCUGUACAUCCAUGAGAUGUGGAGCGGAGCGAAGAGCCCAGAGCUGUUCCUGAACCAUGUCAGAGUGGUGAAGGAGAUCCAGGGUUCGUUAGGGACCACGGACCAGAAGAAAAAGUCCAAACGACGUUCCCAGACACACACAGGCCUCAGAACCAUCUGUAGUGACCUCCUCUCAGGACUGCAGUCUACUGUUGCACCAUAGGGGUUACAUAGCUGGGGCCCGCAUUAUACCCUAUUGAGUACACUAUUUCUUAACCAGGGCACGUGGUCUCCGGUCAAAAAGUAGUGAACUACACUGAGUGUACAAAACAUUAAGAACACYUGCUCUUUCCAUGACAKACUGACCAGGUGAAAGCUAUGAUCCCUUAUUGAUGUCACUUGUUAAAUCCACUUCAAUCAGUGUAGAUGAAGGGGAAGAGACGGGUUAAAGAAGCAUUGUAUGUGUGUGCCAAUCAGGGGGUGAAUAGGCACGACAAAAUAUUUAAAUGGCUUUGAACGGGGUAUGGUGGUAGGUGCCAGACGCACCGGUUUGUUUCAAGAACUGCAAC